CGGAGCGUUGGGGGAAGGCGGGUCGGGCGGCGGAGGAGGCUGGACCUGAGAUGAGUGUGCCAGGUCUCGGCGCAGCAGCCAGGCAGCGGCCAGCUCCGGGGCGGGACCAGGCGCGUUAACCCCUUGGUGGCCGCGCGCGGACGAUUUAACCCCUUGGGGCCUGGCGCGGACUCGCUCCCCGCGCCGCCCGCUCCAGAUGCGCCAGGCUCGGGCGCGCCGCGGGGAGAGCGCUCGGCCCUGAGCCCCGCCCGAGGCGCCGAGCCCCGGCCAGCGAGCAGCAGGAGCGGCCCGGCCAUGGCUGACCCCCUCCUCGCCGAGCGCCCGCAGCCGCCGCCCGGCCAAGCCUCGGCCGCGGAGCCCGCCCCGGCGCGCCGGGAGCCGGCCGAGCAGCAGGCGGAGCAGAGCGCGUGUCAGGCGUCCCCGCCCGCCGGGGCAUGCCAGGGCCAGGGCCGCCCGGAGGGGGGCGGAGAACGGGCCGCCGGGGAGGGGCAGCCUCCCGCCGACGGACAAAGAGCCGGGCCCCAGCCGGCCGCGCAGAGCCAGGGCUACGCCGGGCCGGGGGGCCACAGGGAGCGGCCCCCCGGGGGCGGCGAGGAGGAAUGGCGGCAGCGGCAGCUGGGCAAGAAGAAGCACAGGCGGCGCCCCUCCAAGAAGAAGCGGCACUGGAAGCCCUAUUACAAGCUCACCUGGGAGGAGAAGAAGUUGUUCGACGAGAGGCAAAGCCAGCGGGCUUCCAGGCUCAGGGCGGAGAUGUUCGCCAAGGGGCAGCCGGUGGCGCCUUACAACACCACCCAGUUCCUGAUGGAGGAUCAUGACCAGGAGGAGCCGGAUCUUAAGACUGGCCUUUACCCCAAGAAGGCGGCAGCCAAGUCGGAUGAUACCAGCGAGGAAGAUUUCCUGGAGGAGGCAGCGGACGAGGACGGGGGCAGCGACGGGAUGGGAGGCGACGGCAGUGAGUUUCUCCAGAGGGAUUUCUCAGAGACUUACGAGAGGUACCAUGUGGAGAGCCUGCAGAACAUGAGCAAGCAGGAGCUGAUCAAGGAGUACCUGGAGCUGGAAAAAUGCCUUUCCAGGAUGGAAGAUGAGAACAACAGGCUGAGGCUGGAAAGCAAAAAAUAUGGGGGGGGCUCCGCAGAGGAUCCUAGGGUAAGAGAACUAGAGCUGGAACUGGACAGGUUGAGAGCUGAGAACCUGAAGCUGUUGAAAGAGAAUGAACUUCACAUACAACAGGAGAAAUCUCUUUCCAAGUUUGGAGAGUGAAACUUUUGGGGAUGGAUGGGUGGGUGGGGGUGGGACUUUUUACAUUGAUGGAAUGUAACAUUAUAUACAUGUGUAUAUAAAAGACAGUGGAUCCUUUUUAUGAUACAUAAUCAGAAUAAACCACAGCCUUGUAUUGUUUUUGAAGCUAUAGCUAUAGUGUAGUGUGUGUUCUGUUAACUAUGUGCAACUGAGAAUUCCCCCCCUUUAAGAUAGAUGUGACUCAAGGGGAGGGGUGUGUCUUUUUGAUGUGCAAGUAAAUUUGACUCGACUUAUGAUGCAUUUUAUGUUUAAACCAAAAGGGGAAAAAAAUCCAGGGGGAGGGAAAAACCUAGGGAAUUGUAAAUCGGCCAAAUUCUGAAAACAAUAAAAUUAUUAUAGAGUUCUAAUAAAUUUAAUUACUUGUAAAUGGAA